AUGGAUGCAUCCUGUGUGGUGUUGGUCACGUUGAUCAUUUGUUUCCGUCACAACAAAUACUUUUCAGAGAAAGUACCUGAUUAUAAUAUUGUAUGUAUCACACGUUUCAUAUUUUCUCACCCUAUUUGCUUCCUUUCAAAGGUUACCAAGUUACUUAUGAAGUUAAUAAAGCAAGCGCACCAAGACAAGAGGUGUUUGUGUGCUUCUGCUAAUCAGACAAGUCUAAGAGUACGCCUAAUCGUAGCACUUUCACGUGAAUUGAUAAAUCCCUUUAUAAAAAAUAUAUUUUUCUAUGACAAUAUUAUCUGA